AUGUUCUCUACAGCUACCCAGGCAAAGACCCACUCAAAUAUACACUUGGGGACCACACUUCUGUGUCCUUUGGCCGAGGAGUUUAAUUGCGACAAGCUUUUCUACGAUAUAGCAUAUGCAAAGAAACAUGGACAAGUCCAUACUAAGCACUUUCUAUGUCCACGGAUAGGAUGUAUUGACCGGUUUGCAUCUCCACGAGAAGCUCGGCAACAUGCCGAGAGUCCAAACCAUCGGCAGAUAAAACUCUUCUUCUGUCCUGUGGACACGUGUGUGGUCGCUAUCACAAGAGAACCAUUGACCGCAUUCAAGAUCAAAGAGCAUCGCAGCUUACAUAUCAAGCAUGGCCACAUUGAUGAGUCUACGGAAUUUACUCCAGAACCAGCGACCCAGCCUCCACUUUAUAGCGAAUUCCCUUUGUAUCGGGAAAUUAUCGAGCAUGGUGCCUUGGAGGACACUGGCGGUGAUUAUGAGGUUGAUGACAUUGAUACGAAGAGCACUUCUGAUGAGAAUGAUAUUGAUGACGAUGACGAGGACCUUCCGGAUUACGAAUUUGACCGUGGAAUCCUUAGUAAGGAACAUCGCCUACAAAUCCUUCAAGUAAAUAAUCUUCUCUGGAGUUCUAACAAGGAUGGCGGGUUCCGGUUUACAAAUCUGGGCCUCAGGUGUAGUGGCCCUACUGGAGGAGAAGCUACGAUGUGUUUUGAGUGA